AUGUGCCAUCCAACUAUCCUUCUAGUCAUUUUACUCUUUAUAUCGCAAGGUCUUUCUCGCUUCAUAGAGCCUGGUGUGGUCCCUAUCAACCUUAUCAAUCUUCAGCGUCGCGGGAUCGAUCAGAGUGUUCUACUAGAAAACGGCAAAGAGGCACAAAAGCUAAACGCGAAGUUCUCUGGCAUGAAUCCUAACUCGCCAUGUAAGACGGGCGAUUCCGCAUGUAUCUCUGGGGGAUUCUCUCAAUGCGUGGGAGGCAAAUAUGUGGGUGGUCCUUGUGCCCAAGGCUCGAAAUGUUUUGCGAUGCCUCUUUUAUUGAAGAAAGGAACAUCCUUAGGUUGUGAUACCGAAUCAGAUGCAACCGCCAGAAUCAGUAACACUGGUGCCACUGGUGGUCUAACUGGGACAGGCGAUUCUGACAAGACAUCGAACGGCAACUCAACCCAGGCAAGCCCAACAGGAGACAAGACUGUCAACGGUUCAAAAUCUGAUUCAACCGAGAAAGAUGACAAUUCCACUGGAUCGACCGCGGAUUCAGCUGCGGAUACGAACAAAAAUUCCACUGCAAUGGGUUCAUCGGCAGGAUCUUCCAAUCCACCCGACGUCUCAGAUUCAGGCACCGAUGAGAAAAAAAAAUCGCCCUCAAAGGAUUCUUCUUCAGGAGAUUCCGAUUCAUCCGACAGUUCGGCUUCCGGCACCGAAAAGAGCUCGAAUAAAUCGUCCGACUCGAGUGAUGCCAAGUCAGAUUCUGGGAAAGCCUCGGAGGGAAGUAAGAAUUCAACAUCCCUCUCGGAUGGGAAGGAAUCUAACCCCAAAGAAUCCAGCUCCAACUCUAGUAACGAUAAAAAGAUUGCAGAUCCGGUUAGAGGAGCCGACGGUGAAGAUGUUGAAGAUCUCAGUUUUGCCAAGGAUAAUUCGGAAGAAAACGACUGCACAGAUGAAUCCUAA